AUGUCUGGACUCAAUGUGUUCGUAACAUUGCCAAAGGUAAUUCUGGUUGAGGUUUGGAGAUCAGCAUCCUCCAGCGCUUCGUGUUCAAGGCUGUCGAAACGGAUUCCUGCUCCUUUCCCCACUGCAUUGUUACCAGUACAACCAGAAGUCACCGCCACCGGACUGCUCAAUCAUCACAGAGAACAGUGGUUCAGAAGUCUCCUGAGUUUUCUUGAAGACAUCGCACACAAACUUGCGCAAUCAGGAUGUCGUCAGCUCAGAGUAAGUGCAGCGUUUGCGCGAUCGGACGGAUCCUCGUGUGCAGACACAGCUCUUCACUUUCUCUCUCUCUCUCUCACUUUCUCUGCAGACGCAGCUCUCUUCCUGUCUGCUGUGCUUGCAGCGUUCAUCAGUCUGGUAGAUGCAGUGCCUGCGUACAGCGGUCUGGCCGAACUAUCUGAAAUAUCUGGAGAUGAGGUUCAGGACGUUGAUGGAAGGAGUCCUCUGAGUGACCGGCAGAAAUGGCAUCUGAUGGCCAGAGAUCUGCACAGAGACGUCAAGACGCUGCGAGACCAGCAGUUUGAGAGGGACUUCAAAGAGACGAUGAACAUGACAGCACUUGAAGGCGUGAGGAUCAAAACGCCUCUCCUCAAACCCUCUGACGGCUGUCUGUCCAGAAACUUCAGCACAGAUUUGUGUCUGAGCCACAUUUACAGCGUCCUGACCUGGUAUAAAGACAACUGGAGCUUCAUCGAGAAUGAAAACCUGACCUCGAGCCUGGCGAACAACAUCAAACUGGGCACCAAACGCCUCCUGGAGGCCAUCAACAGCCAGCUGCAGAUAGCGGACGGAGGGGCGGAUCAGCUCUCCAGCGCUCCUCUAUCGGUCAGAUCCGCAUGGACACGCAAGACCACAGCGCAUUCGAUCCUGUUCAACUUCACCAAUGUGAUGAUCGACACGUGCAGAGCCGUCAACUACAUGAGCAAACGCAAAGCUGCACAUCGAGCAAAAGACACCAAGAGACCCGCAGACUGGAGCACCGACAAGAACUAAUUUAUUCAGCUAUUAUUUUUAUUUAUUGACCAUUGCAUAUAUUUAAUUCAGGGCAGAAUAAUUUUAAUAUUUAUGAGUCUGUACUUUUAACUUAUUGAAUGUUGUGCAACAUUGAUAUUUAUAAAUGCAAUAUUUAUGUGCCAGUAAUUCCUAUUUACUGCAAAUUGGGAUUUCUCAUUUGCACGAUACUGAAAAUCAGUGCUGAUGCAUAUAUUUAUGAACUUGUUUAAUUUAUUUGAAACUGAACGGGAGAACAUGCUGAUUUGUUUACAAUGAUCUUCAUAGAUUCAAUAAAAAAACCAAAGAAAA